AUGGAUGGAAUACGGAUUUAUCAGAGUGUGUACGCAUCCAGUCUGCGGACGUAUUUUGUCUCAGAAUUAGAAAGAAUCUGGUCAGAAUUUAGCAGAAUCGCCUCAGAAGUCGAAGAACUCACCUCAAUGGAUGGAAUACGGACUUCGCAGAUUGAGGACGCGUCCAGUCGGGUAAGUGCCAUAUUGUGUCCAGGAUCUCUGAAAGCUGUUCUCUUUGCUUUGCACAGAUGUAAAACUAUAGCUGGUGGUCCCUGUUAUCGUGUGCAUAUUACCCAUCAGAAGUCAGAAUUUUCGAUAACCACUCUGUGUGUUUUAUGCUAUGCUAUUAUGUAAUCAUCUGGUUCUGUGAGUGCCUGGGUGGAAUUUGCUUAGUCUUGGAGCAUUUCAGUCUGCCUACGUUGUUCUUGAUUUGUAAGAAAUAUGAUGGUAGGUAAACAACAGAGAGAAACACACGACACUCUUUUUCUUACAUAUCGAUCAUAGGAAACACGGGAGGGUUUGAAGGACAAUAGGACCAAAAGAACUCUACCACCUACCCCAGAGCAUUACAAAUCAAGGACCUAACGCAGGAUAGCUGCCGAGCCAAGGAGAGAAUUAAUUUGCAAUUCAGACACAGAGCAGCAGCUGGUGAUACCUAUGGUGUCAAUGUAUCCUAGCAGCUGUUUGCAAACAGUGCCCGAAGUUCCAACUACCACAGGAACAAUGUGAGUUUCAACCUGCCAUAACUGAUGGACUUUGCAAGCAAGAAGUAGAAUCGUAGUGAAAUGGUGAAACAAACGAACGUCGUCACAUUGUUAUGGCUGCCGGUUUUCAACGCUUUUGCUUAUUCCUUUUGUGUGUAUUUGUUUGCAUGCAUACGUGCGUGCGUGCGUUUUUGUGUGCUAUAUGACCGGGACAUUUGUUCAAUGCUUGAUGGUGGCCUCUUUCCAGCGGAAGUAUUUUGUAAGUAACUUUGAUAGCUGUUCUGUGUAUUUACCAUGAAAAAUGCCGGUGUUGUGCCCAAUCAAUCAAUUUUGUAAGACAAGGAUGGGUUUUAUAGAAGCGGAUGAUAGUUUACCGUCAAAGACGUCUUCAGCUGUUCUUGUUU